AGGUCAUAUACAUUUAUCCUCCUACCUCAAGCAGUUAAAAACUUGUUCAUAUAUGACCAAGAGAUUGAUUUAGGGGCCCUCUUUCUCUGUCUUUCUCUAUCUGACCUCAAUAAGUUUCUCUAAUCUUCCUUUUUCCUCUGUGCUUCUGUCCAGUCCCAAGACUGACAGAUACGAUUUGUCUCUCUCAUUUAUUUCACCAGAAACAUUCAUCAUCAUCUUUCCAAUUUGCAGUUACUCUAUGUUCAAUCCUAGCCUCUGCUGCAACAUAGAGUUUUCUAAUGGCUUCCACAACAACAAAACCAGUUAAACUUGGAGAGCUACUCAGGGAGCAGCAAGAACCCUUUGUCCUAGAGGCUUACCUAUUUGAAAGAGGGUGUCUCAGAAAGAGCAAUAGCAUUAGUUCAAGCAAGAGUUUAAAGAGAUCAUGUAGUUGGGGACAAAACAAGAGCAAAAAGGGUACUCCUAGCUUCUCCAAGUUACUGAGAUCUGUCUAUAACAAGCUUGUUUCCAAAAAUGGUGGCUCAAGAACCGAGAAUUCCGAAAAAGAAGAGGGUAAGUUUGAUGCCGACACUGAGAUUACUCUUCCUCGAGAUUGCCUUGAAGAUUCGGAUGGACUUUCUUCUUCUAGUAGCAGCAGAACACAGUACGAAUCAUGCUGUGAUAGUGAAAAAGAUGAAGCUGUUGCCACAGUUUCAUUCCAGAAUGAAGAUCAAGUCUCGCUUGCAGUAGAAGGAACUUCUCGAAUUUCAAAUCUCUGCAAUAUGAAAGUAGAGAGAAAGAUAGCACUGCUCAACGGGGAAACAUCAUCGAAGAAGAAGCAGUCUAAGGAACACACCUCAAUUUCAGUACUGGAAGAUAGACCUUACCAUGCAGUACCCAACAAGGUCAUCGAGGAAUCCACGUUAUCAUCUUCUCUGUGGGAACUACUUUUCCAGCCACCAUUAGAGAAGCCAAAAGGUACUUCUGGAGUUCCAGAAAUUCUAGAGCCGGUGAUCAGAUCAAAUCCUUCUCCACACAAAUCGAAAAGGAUGUUGCAGCAGACAAGGCAGCUUCUGUUUGAUUGUGUAAGAGAGAUGACAGAAACUCAUGCAAAGCAAAUGAAAGAGCAGAACAGCACAAAGUUUUUGGGGGCAGAAGAACUAGGAAAGCUGAUUUAUCAGAAACUAAGGAUUUGGGAUAGACAGGCUGGGAAUGAGACCAACAUCGAUUUCUUGUUGGACUCAGACUUCGAAGAAUGGAAUUGUAAUGAACAAGAAGAGAUUUGUUGGAAAAUUGGGGACGCCAUUUUGGAGGACAUCGUUGAAGAAAUUUGUUGCUCUCCCAUUGAGUUUAGAUCAUCUUAGCUUCCCGUCUCGCUCUGAUUUCCAAUUUGUAGCAUCAAAUUUGCUUACCAAUUUUCUUUUCCAGCACAAUUGGGGAACAAAUUUGUUGGCUGUAGUGUUGUUUUCCUCAUACAAUAUCUACCAAUUACUUCCAUGU